GUAAUCAUGACAUGUGUAUUGUCACUCAGUGCUAAACGGUUAUAUAGAAUAUACAAUUUAUUUUUAUCUUUUGUAAGCUUAUACACAAAAACCUAAUUCAUGCCAAAUUAGAAGUAUAACGUGAAAUGUGGAAGGCCUUCCUAGAUAGGACGUCUGAGUCAUGCGGUGUUAUUACAGCUCCACAAGUGUAUUAUAAGAGAAAAACAGAUUUAAUGUCAGUAGAAUACCGCAACUAUAUUCAAAAGGACGUCCUUAGUUGCUUAGAUCAAAAUCUCAAAAUGCAUUCAAAAUUGUCGAAACCGUCCAAUAAAAGAACUGAACUGAAGAAAGAACCGCCAGUCUACUUCAAAUCUAAAAAAGUCGGCGAAUCUAAGCCUGGUGCAUGUUUACACUCUGAGGAAUGCAAAUGUGGGAAGAAAUGUAGUUUGAAACCUAAAGGAACGAGAGGUGAUGAUGCUGGUGAAAAAAAUGAUAAGAAGACAGUUAUUAUCAGUCCUAGAAAACCAAUAUCACCUCAGAAAUCUCCCAGGCCGUGCCAAAGUGAAGAACCCUUGGUGCUUCACGAAAAUGUAGUUUUCAUACCGAUUGAAGAAGGUACGCAAUAUCUGGUAAAAGACAUCAAAUCGGUGCAGUUGUGCAAAAAACCGAAAUGUGCAUCCAACAGAAGCAGCAUGCAAUCGGAGAGAGGCAAACAGAAUUCCGAAAGAAGUGUUCAGAACAUUAAUAGAGAGACGAAUGAGUUUCUUCUGAAACUGCUCAAGGUACAAAAAGAUUUAAGAUCAACAGCCAAAUGGAAAAAAUGACUGUUACAUUCGCCACCCCUGUGGACGAACCUAAUUUCAUAAAAAUAAAAAAGAAAGUACCUGAAAAUUCUAUCUACGUAUCUCCAAAAUUGAAUAAGAUUAAACGUGAUGUUGUAGUGCCAUAUCAGCAAUGUCCAAGAAUCGCGUUUACUAAUGAUGACAGUAGUGCAAAAAAUGCUAGUGACUCUAGUUUAUAUCCCCCCCAAAAAAAAUUUGUGAUAGGAGUCGAAAACACGGUCUGCCGAAACGUUUUGUUGCCAUACGUUGAUGUAUCAGCCUCAAAACAGAGCAUUUUCAGUGCAACCUUGAGGAAUACAUAUGAAAACAGAAUUUUUAAGUUUGGUGAAAAGGGAUCAGGCUUCCGCGUGAAAUCUGGUGAACCCCAGGAUUUCUAUAAGUUACGUGACCAAUGUUCAGAUAGAGGUGAACUUUUCGAAGAUCCCGAAUUUCCAGCUACAGAUUCUUCCCUAUUUUUCAGCCGCCGACCUGAUAGAUACUACGAAUGGAGGAGACCCCAUGAAAUAGCCGACAACCCUCAAUUCUUCGUUGAGGGCUUUUCCAGAUUUGACGUCCAGCAAGGUGAACUGGGAGACUGCUGGUUGUUAGCAGCUGCUGCCAAUUUGACGUUAUACAAGCGAUUGUUUUUCCAAAUUGUACCUGAUGACCAAGACUUUGACGAUAAAUAUGCAGGGAUUUUCCAUUUUAGAUUUUGGCAGUAUGGUAAAUGGGUGGAUGUUGUUAUUGAUGACAGACUUCCUACUUACCAAGGACAACUGGUUUUCUUACAUUCUACCGAAGACAAUGAAUUUUGGAGUGCCUUACUCGAAAAAGCAUAUGCAAAGUUGCAUGGGUCUUAUGAAGCACUUAAAGGUGGUUCUACAUGCGAAGCCAUGGAAGACUUCACAGGUGGAGUCACAGAAAUGUACGAAAUGGAAGCGUGUCCGCCUAAUCUGUUCCAGAUUAUUAUUAAAGCUUAUGAAAGAUCUUCACUUAUGGGAUGUUCCAUAGAGCCUGAUCCGAACGUGUUAGAAGCACAAACUCCAGAAGGUCUAAUCAGAGGUCACGCGUACAGUAUCACAUGUGUAAGAUAUGUAGACAUCUCGACUCCUAACGUGUCUGGAAAGAUUCCACUGUUGAGGUUAAGAAAUCCCUGGGGAAAUGAAUCUGAAUGGAAUGGAGCCUGGAGUGAUGGUGCCCCAGAAUGGAGGUUCAUCUCUGAAGCAGAAAAAGAGGAGCUAGGUCUAACAUUCGACAAUGACGGUGAAUUCUGGAUGUCUUUCAAAGACUACCAACGGCAUUUCAGUCGUCUGGAGAUCUGCAAUUUGAACCCAGAUUCCUUGUCUGAGGAAGAGUUACUGGACGGGCACAAGAAAAAAUGGGAAAUGUCUGUCUUUGAAGGCGAAUGGGUGAGAGGGGUCACCGCAGGAGGAUGUAGGAAUUUCUUAGAUUCGUUUUGGCACAAUCCUCAAUACAGAAUAACGUUGACAGAAGUUGAUGAAGGAGAGGAUGAGGACUUAUGUACGAUGAUUGUUGCUUUGAUGCAAAAGAAUAGGAGACAGAUCAGGAAUACUGGAGCUGAUUUGCUUACGAUAGGAUUCGCUUUAUACUAUCUGCCUCAUCCAGAUCGCGUACCGAAACCUUUGGAUCUAAACUUCUUCAAAUACAACGCUUCAGUGGCUCGAUCCCCGUCUUUUAUAAACUUACGUGAAGUAACUUGCAGAUUCAAACUGCCACCUGGCACAUAUUGUAUCGUUCCAUCGACCUUCGACCCGAACGAAGAGGGCGAGUUUCUGUUGAGGGUGUUCUCCGAAAAGGCCAACAUCAUGGAGUACGAUGGUUAUAAUAGUGGUAGUAUAAGAGAAAUACGAGGGAAUGAGGUAGAUGAUGAGGAAGAGGAAACACCUAGUGCUCCUCCAGACUCGCCUCCACCUCAGCCUCCUUCUAGCUAUCCUUCCUAUCCUUCAGAGCCUCCGUAUCCAGGUGGAGGUGGAGGAUAUCCUUAUCCUCAACCGUCUUCUCCAGGCGGGUAUCCUCAGCCUGGUUAUCCUGGAGGCUAUCCACAGCCGGCCUCGCCUCCGCCUGGCGGAUAUCCUGGUUACCCAGGAUAUCAUAAUCAGGGUUAUCCUUACCCUCAACCUAAUCCAUACCCAGGUUAUCCUUACCCACAACCUCCUCAACCCCCACCUCGGAGGUCUGGGAGCAGCGAUCCGAUUUCUAGUUUCUUCAAAAGCCUUUUCAAAUAAUCACAUUUACACGUAAAGCUUGCUUCAAGAUACCGUCAGCAUUGCUUAAAUUUAAAACAAAUUACAGAGCUUUGCAAAUAGUGGCAGCUUAUGCUCGGAGAACUUUAGUAUCAGAUUUACUACCAAUUGAGAGAUUACAAAACUUUUUUCAUAUCUUAGUUUAUAUCAUAUUUUUGUGAAAAUAUUUAUUAAGGAUAGAAUUCAUCAGCACUUUCCUAAAUAUAUAAUUUGACUUUAAAAAUAUUUUCAAGACAUGCUCGAAAUAUUACCCACAUUUUCAUAUGACAGCAAUGUUUUAAUAUAGUUUUAUUAAGCAUGAUAUACAACGCACAAUCUGCUUAAAAAUAUUGCUUUCCUGCUUCUGUUUCUUCAUGUAGAUGCUCAUUUCUAAACACAGCAAAAGGAUCUCGAAAGCUUUUUUCAACUAAUUAUUUUUUCUUUAAUUAAUCACCUUGCUAUACAUCAAUAUUCAACAUCCUUUUGCCGUGCAACGAACUGUUUAUUGUUUAGUGUUAUUAUGAAAAGACCAGUGAGAAAACUGAUGUGUUUGAAAGUGCCUAUAUAAGUGAUUGUAAUGACUAGCAAUUUUAAUUAGCUUUUCAUUUCAACAAUUGAUUUUAUAUUUUCGAAGUUUAUUUUGCAUUCAUAAUUUCUCUACUUUUAUGUUGAAUGCUGGUAUCAGAUUGUGAUCGAACAAUGUUUAUGAAGUUUUAAAAUAUUAUUUUUAAGAUAUCUGCACGUCUGUAUAUACAUAUGCAUUUGUGAUUUUGAGAACGUUUUCUUUUUUCGAGUUAUUAAUUUAUAUCCUUAGUACGAUAAUAAUUUAUGUUUAUAUUGAUUUUUUGGUGGAGGCAAAGUAAACUAACCAAAGAUUCGUUUUGAACCACUAAGAACCCGUAACUUUUUCAUACUUCAUACAGUAAUUUACAUUUAUAUUUUUGUAGUAAUGAUACUAUUUUGAGUUAUCUAUAUUGCGACAAUCAUAUCUUUAAAUUUAAACUGAAAAAAUUGUUAAAUCUUUAAAUCUAAUGACAAUAUAUUAUUUAGUUCUCUUUUGGUUACAUGAGACCACCGUUCUAAUUAUAGAUAUGGUAGCUUUAAUAUUUUCAAGCAAAUACUGACAGUAUUAGAAAUGUUCUUAAAAAUACGUGUAAACAGUUGAAUAAUAAGCUUUUUACUCUUAUUCCUGUAUUAUGCUUUCUACAACCUGCAUUUUUCGAACUUCCUGGCUGUUUUAAGCAAGCAAUGUAUCUUGAAAAUAUUUUGGCUGCUUAUAAAUUUUGCAUUUUAUCUUAUAUGCUUAUAUAUGUUUUCAGUUAAUACAAAAAAUUGUUGUACUUUCUAUUCAAAAAAAUAAUAAAAACAAGAUACAUUUUUAGGUUAAAUAACUG